AUGAUCCCGCCUGUAAUUUUUGUCAGUCUGCUACUGGGUCUAUGGACAUGGAAAUGCUUCUGGAUCGUGGUCAUGCAAGACAAGCUCCUGUAUAUCUCAUGGCUCCCGCCGUUCGCCCGCUCGGAGCAGAUAUCCGACUACGCAGGCGAAUGCAAGCCCGUCCGCUGGGAAGAAAAGCGCAUUCGAAGUUCGGAUGGAACCAAGCUGGCUGUAUGCGAAGGGCGGAUGCCAGCUCCCGCUCGCAGCGUGACCCAGAAGCCGUCUGCCCAGGCCCAGCCGCAUGAGCCCGCACGGAAGAAGCUAGUGGUGAUCUGCUACUUCCAAGGAAACGGCGGCUCGACUCCCAUGCGUCUGCCGCUAUUGUCGCAGUUCUUGCGGGCUAUCCACUCGCCAAGCGGGGACGUGGACUACGUCGUCGUCGCCCUGUCGUAUCGUGGGUACUGGAAGUCCUCUGGUCGGGCGAGCCAGAUAGGAAUCGAGCUCGACGCGGUCGCUUUUUUGCAGUGGGUAGCGGAGACGUAUAGCGCACCCGACAGCGAUGUACGGAUAGUGCUCUGGGGUCAUAGUCUGGGUACGGCGAUUGCGAGCUCUGCGGCGGCGACGUACCUGGCUCGGCAUUCAACCCAGGCAGUUCCUAUCGCCGGAAUGAUACUGGAAGCACCGAUGUCCAGCACCAAGGACAUGCUGAUCAGUCUGUAUCCGCAAAAGUGGCUACCGUAUCGGUACCUGUGGCCGUUUCUCUGGAACAAUUGGAGCAGUGCCGUAGCCAUGCAGCGGAUGGCGCGGUGGCGGGAUCAAGAUCGUGGUCUGAGAGAGCAUGAGCAUGCGGUUCCGCCGAUUUUGCUGCUUUCCGCUGAGAAGGACGAGGUCAUCCCGCCAUAUGCGGCUGCGGAGCUGGAGCAAGAGGGCAAGAGACUUGGACUGAGACUGCAGAGAUUGGAUGUCUCUGGGGCCAUGCACACGGAGAUACCGAUCAAAGCGGCAGGCAGGCAGGCCAUGAUGGAUUUUAUAAAGAAAUGUACUGCUUCGUAG